CGGUUUUUUGGUUAAUUAAGUUUGUCUUGUUUUCUUCUCCAAAAUCUCCUAAAACUCCUCUUUAUUACACGAAGAGAAGACAAAAGAUAAUUAAAAAAAAAGAGAUUCCAAAACACACAUAAAUCUUUUCAUUUUUUAAAUUGUUUUGAUUAGUAAAUGGUAAAAGCAAUGGACCAAGAACAUGAGAGCUACAAAUCAAGAUUGUAUCAUUUCAAGAACAUGAACGAAAACUCAGCUCCUAGACAUGUUAAAAGCUUGAGCUCAGAUUGUGCAAUGAGGAUGGAUGGUUCGGAUAAUUUGGAAGAUGGUGAUUAUGACAAGAUGAUGUUUAGGAGUCAACCUGGGAUGAAUAGUAGCGUUGACCGACCGUCUUUGCCUCUAGGCGGUGUAACCCCUAACCGGAGCGACAAGCUUCCGAGAGUCCCUUCAGCCGAAUCCAUGGAGGCACAAUUACAAGCAGCCUUGGAGCAAAUGAAAGAGAAAUUUUCGAAAUUGCUUCUUGGAGAAGAUAUGUCAGGAGGAGGAAAAGGUGUUUCGUCGGCGUUGGCUUUAUCUAACGCCAUUACAAAUCUCGCAGCGUCUGCGUUUGGAGAACAACGGCGUUUAGAGCCAAUGGCGGCGGACAGAAAAGCACGUUGGAAAAGAGAAAUUGGAUGGCUUAUCUCUGUGGCUGAUCAUAUAGUUGAAUUCGCUCCAACACAACAAACCAACAAAGAUGGAACUUCAAUGGAAGUCAUGUCAACAAGACAAAGAACAGAUCUUCUCUGUAACAUCCCUGCACUUAAGAAACUCGAUGCAAUGCUCCUCGAUUGUCUUGAUAAAUUCAAGGAUCAGGAUGAGUUUUAUUAUGUCAAAAAAGAUUCUCCUGAUUCUUCUGAUUCAAGGAAUGAUGAGAAAUGGUGGUUACCGGCGGUUAAAGUCCCACCCAACGGCCUCUCUGAGAUAUCAAGAAGGUUUCUACAGAGCCAGAAGGAAUGUGUGAAUCAAGUCCUUAAAGCUGCAAUGGCCAUAAACGCUCAAGUUUUGUCUGAAAUGGAGAUUCCUGAAAGCUACCUUGAGUCACUUCCUAAGAAUGGGAGAGCUAGCUUGGGAGAUGUGAUAUACAGAAUGAUAACAUUAGAGAUGUUUGAUGCAGAUCAGUUCCUAAUUGAAAUGGAUUUAUCAUCUGAGCACAAGAUUCUUGAUCUAAAGAACAGAAUCGAAGCAUCGAUUGUGAUAUGGAAGAGGAAAAUGGUGCAGAAGGACACAAAGUCACCUUGGGGAUCAACAGUGAGUAUUGAGAAAAGAGAACAGUUUGAAGAAAGAGCUGAAACAAUCUUGCUCCUAUUGAAACAAGGGUUUCCUGGAAUCUCACAAUCCUCACUCGAUAUCAGCAAGAUUCAAUUCAACAGAGACGUAGGACUUGCGAUAUUGGAGAGUUACUCGAGAGUGCUUGAGAGUUUGGCUCACACGGUGAUGUCGAGAAUAGAAGACGUGCUUUACGCUGAUCAGCUAACUCAAGAACCUACAAAUAAUGCACCUUCUAAGAACAGAUAUAUUGUGAAAGAGAACGAGAAACCUAAGGAUGAAAGACUAAGUUUCUCAGAGGAUAUAGCUUCAGGAACACUUUCUGAUGUUAUGCAAUGGGGUAAUAACAAAAACAACGAACCGAAGAAAGAAAGCUAUUUUGGAGGAGAGAAACCGUUGUUUUCGAAAGUCACAGGUAUCAUGACAAACAACAACAAGAAGAGUUCUUAUCUUGAAUCUCUUGGAACUAUGAGGAGUCCUACCGCGCGAUACUCCUGAAAUAAAAAUAUCGGUUU